GGAUAAUCAGUGGCACUGUGGGGUUUUGCAGGAGCUGCAGGCCUGAAUGACCUUUAGGAUUUCUACGCCGAGGCGCACUCCCCGACACUCCCUCACAUUCUGCUGAGAGUCAUCAAUUAUGCAGGGGAGCUGCUCGCACUGAGGGGGAAGAUAGCAGCAACAAUAUGGCGACAACCGCAGUUUCUCCUCAACCUUUCCCACAUCUGCAGUCCUGCACCGACUCCCCGGAUUCACUGUAACCGUCGCAAAAAGCUGCUACAGUGGAUGGCACAAACCUAAUGACCAAGUAGCUGCAGGAUGAAAACAUGGCUGCACCCCUUAUCGCACCGCCAGGACCUGAUAGCUUCAGGAAGUUCACGAGGGAAUCUUUGGUGGUCAUUGAGCAGCGCAUCAAAGAGGAGAAGAACAAGAAGCCACCCAAGCAGGACAGCAGCUACCGCGACGACGAUGACGAGAACAAACCCAGACCCAACAGCGACCUGGAGGCCGGGAAGAGCCUGCCCUACAUCUACGGGGACAUCCCUCGGGGACUGGUGGCGGUACCACUGGAGGAUUUGGAUCCAUACUACCUGAACUCUCAAAAAACAUUUAUAGUGCUAAAUAGAGGGAAGACAAUCUUCCGUUUUAGUGCAACACCUGCCUUGUACUUCAUAAGUCCUUUAAAUCUGGUUAGGCGAAUAGCUAUUAAAAUUUUGAUACAUUCUCUUUUCAGCAUGAUCAUUAUGUGUACUAUUUUGACCAACUGUAUAUUCAUGACCUUUAGUGAUCCUCCUGAGUGGUCAAAACAAGUAGAGUACACAUUCACAGGAAUUUAUACAUUUGAGUCUCUUGUAAAAAUCACUGCACGUGGAUUCUGUAUAGAUAAUUUUACAUUCCUAAGAGAUCCAUGGAACUGGCUGGACUUCAUGGUGAUUUCGAUGGCGUAUAUAACAGAGUUUGUAAACCUAGGCAAUGUCUCAGCUCUGCGCACGUUCAGGGUGUUGAGGGCAUUGAAAACUAUUUCUGUAAUUCCAGGCCUGAAGACUAUCGUUGGAGCCCUGAUCCAGUCUGUGAAGAAGCUUUCAGACGUGAUGAUCCUCACCGUCUUCUGCUUGAGCGUGUUCGCCCUGAUCGGCCUUCAGCUCUUCAUGGGGAACCUGCGCCAGAAGUGCGUGAUCUGGCCAAUCAACCUCAAUGAGACUUACCUAAACAACGGCAGCAAGGGCUUUGACUGGAACGAGUACAUCAACAACGAUACCAAUUUCUACUUCCUGCCUAAUCAGCUAGAUGCUCUGCUCUGUGGGAAUAGCUCCGACUCUGGCCGCUGCCCGGAGGGCUACAUGUGCAUGAAAGCUGGGAGGAAUCCAAACUACGGCUACACCAGCUUUGACAGCUUCGGCUGGGCCUUCCUGGCUCUCUUCCGACUCAUGACGCAGGACUUCUGGGAAAACCUUUACAUGCUGACCUUGAGGGCUGCAGGAAAGACCUACAUGAUCUUCUUCGUCUUGGUGAUCUUUGUGGGCUCCUUCUACUUGGUGAAUCUGAUUCUGGCUGUGGUAGCCAUGGCUUACGAGGAGCAGAACCAGGCCACCAUGGAAGAGGCUGCGCAGAAGGAGGAAGAGUUUAAGGCCAUGCUCGAGCAGCUCAAGAGACAGCAGGAGGAGCAGACCGCUCCCCCUGCAACCUCUGCUGGCACGGUGUCGGAGGACGCAGUGGAGGACGAUGGAGGAGGGCGCCUGUCCGUCAGCUCCUCUGAGAUGUCAAAGCUCAGCUCCAAGAGUGCCAAAGAGCGCCGCAACCGCAAAAAGAAGUGGCGGCAGAAGGAGCAGGAGAAGGAGAAAGGCGAUAGCGAGAAGUUUGUGAAGUCAGAGUCGGACGACGGCAGCAAGAGGAGCCGCUUCCGUUUCCCUGAUAACCGCUUGGGUCGAAAGUCUUCCAUUAUGAACCAGUCCCUCCUGAGCAUCCCCGGUUCGCCCUUCCUCUCCCGUCACAACAGCAAGAGCAGCAUCUUCAGCUUCAAGGGCCGCGGCAAGGACAUGGGCUCGGAGACCGAAUUUGCAGAUGAUGAGCACAGCACGGUGGAGGAGUGCGAGGAGCGCCGUGGCUCCCUCUUCAGCCCCUACCGGCGGAGCAGCUACACCGGCUUCCACGGGAAGAGGAACAGCACAGUGGAUUGCAACGGAGUGGUGUCGCUCAUCGGCCCCGGGCCCGGUGGACGCCUUCUGCCUGAGGUGAAAAUAGAUAAGGCAGCUUCUGACGACAGUCCCACUACUGAGGUUGAGGUGAAGAAGAAGCUGUCGGGCUCCCUGAUGGUGUCUGUGGACCAGCUCAAUACCUCCUUUGGGCGGAAAGAGCGGGCCAACAGUGUCAUGAGCGUCAUUACCAACACAUUAGCGGAGGAACUGGAGGAGUCUCAGCGCAAGUGUCCACCAUGCUGGUAUAAGUUUUCUAACACAUUCCUGAUCUGGGAAUGCUGCCCAUUGUGGAUUAAGAUCAAGGAGAUUGUAAACUUGAUAGUCAUGGAUCCCUUCGUGGACCUGGCCAUCACUAUCUGUAUCGUCCUCAACACCCUCUUCAUGGCCAUGGAGCACUACCCAAUGACGACCGACUUUGAGGACAUGCUGUCUGUAGGCAAUCUGGUGUUCACAGGGAUCUUUGCAGGGGAGAUGCUUUUCAAGCUUGUGGCUAUGGAUCCGUACUACUAUUUCCAGGAGGCCUGGAACUGUUUUGAUGGAUUCAUCGUGACGCUGAGUUUAGUGGAGCUGGCUCUGGCUGAUGUUGAAGGCCUCUCUGUGCUGCGGUCAUUCCGAUUGCUGAGGGUGUUUAAGCUGGCCAAGUCCUGGCCGACGCUCAACAUGCUGAUCAAGAUCAUUGGUAACUCAGUGGGAGCCCUGGGAAACCUGACUCUGGUGCUGGCCAUCAUCGUCUUCAUCUUUGCCGUGGUGGGCAUGCAGCUGUUUGGAAAGAGCUACAAAGACUGUGUGUGUAAGAUUGCUCCUGACUGUACGCUGCCUCGCUGGCACAUGAAUGAUUUCUUCCACUCGUUCCUGAUCGUCUUCCGGGUGCUGUGUGGCGAGUGGAUUGAGACCAUGUGGGACUGCAUGGAGGUGGCGGGGCAGGGAAUGUGCCUCAUUGUGUUCAUGAUGGUCAUGGUCAUCGGUAACCUGGUGGUGUUGAAUCUGUUCCUUGCCUUGCUGCUGAGCUCGUUCAGCGCCGACAACUUGGCUGCAACAGAUGACGACGGCGAGCCUAACAACCUCCAAAUUUCCGUCAUGCGCAUUAAGAAGGGAAUUGCGUGGAUAAAGGCCAAGAUGCGCAUACUUGUGGCAAGUCUGGUGCGGAAGCCUCCCAUGGAGGACGAGCAGAAGCCUCUGGAGGACAUGUGUGACACCAAGGUGAACUACAUUGGCAAUCACACAGGGGUCGACAUCAAGCGGGACCUGGAUUACGCCAAGAACGGAAAUGGGACCACCAGCGGCAUCGGCAGCAGCGUGGGCAAGUACAUGAUUGAUGAGGACCACAUGUCGUUCAUCCACAACCCCAAUCUGACGGUCUGCGUGCCCAUCGCUGUUGGAGAGUCCGACUUUGAGAACCUCAACACAGAAGAUUUCAGCAGCGAGUCAGACAUAGAGAACAGCAAAGAGCUGGACGAGACCAGCUCUUCAGAGGGCAGCACCAUCGACAUCAAGCCGGACGUAGAAGAGGUGGUUGUGGUGGAGACGGUGGAGGAAUACAUGGAACCAGAGGCAUGCUGGACAGAUGGCUGCGUGGCCAAAUAUAAAUGCUGCGACGUUGACAUCACAAUGGGCUGGGGGAAGAACUGGUGGUUCCUGAGGAAAACUUGCUACCUGAUUGUGGAGCACAACUGGUUUGAGACCCUCAUCAUCUUCAUGAUCCUCCUCAGUAGUGGUGCCCUGGCCUUCGAGGAUGUGUACAUUGAGCAGAGGAAGACGAUUCGGAUAAUUUUGGAGUACGCGGACAGGGUUUUCACCUACAUCUUCAUCCUGGAGAUGUUGCUGAAGUGGGUGGCCUAUGGUUUUGUCAAGUAUUUCACCAACGCUUGGUGCUGGCUGGACUUCUUCAUUGUGGAUGUGUCUAUAGUCAGCCUUGUAGCUAAUGCGCUGGGCUACUCCGAUCUAGGGCCCAUUAAAUCACUCAGGACACUAAGGGCCUUGAGACCCCUCAGAGCCUUGUCACGUUUUGAAGGGAUGAGGGUGGUAGUCAACGCCUUGGUGGGCGCCAUCCCUUCCAUUAUGAAUGUGUUGCUGGUUUGCCUCAUCUUUUGGCUGAUUUUCAGUAUCAUGGGGGUCAACUUGUUUGCGGGCAAGUACUACUUCUGUUUCAAUGAGACAGCAGAGGAAUACUUUGAUGUUGAAGUUGUCAACAACAAGACCCAGUGUGAGGCGCUUAUUAGUAUGAACCACACUGAGGUCAGGUGGAAGAAUGUCAAGAUCAACUUUGACAAUGUGGGUGCCGGCUACCUCGCCUUGUUGCAAGUGGCCACAUUCAAAGGUUGGAUGGACAUUAUGUAUGCUGCUGUGGAUUCCAGAGAGGUGGAGGACCAGCCCGCAUACGAAGUUAAUAUCUACAUGUACAUCUACUUCGUUGUCUUCAUCAUAUUCGGGUCCUUCUUUACCCUCAACCUCUUCAUUGGUGUGAUCAUUGACAACUUCAACCAGCAGAAGAAAAAGUUUGGAGGUCAGGAUAUCUUCAUGACUGAAGAGCAGAAGAAGUACUACAACGCCAUGAAAAAAUUGGGCUCUAAAAAGCCACAAAAGCCCAUUCCUCGACCACAAAACAAGGUCCAGGGGUUGGUGUUUGACUUUGUGACGCAGCAGGUCUUUGACAUCUCCAUCAUGAUACUGAUCUGCCUCAACAUGGUCACAAUGAUGGUGGAAACAGACGACCAGUCGGAACAAACAGAGACGGUUCUCUACUGGGUCAACUUCAUCUUUAUUGUGGUCUUCACCACUGAGUUCUUGCUCAAGCUCUUCGCGCUACGGCACUAUUAUUUCACCAAUGGCUGGAAUAUCUUCGAUGUUGUGGUUGUCAUCCUGUCCAUUGUCGGUAUGUUCCUGGCUGACAUCAUUGAGAAGUACUUUGUGUCGCCAACCUUGUUCAGGGUCAUCAGACUGGCUCGCAUUGGCCGGAUCCUGCGUCUGAUCAAAGGAGCUAAAGGCAUUCGGACUUUGCUCUUCGCACUGAUGAUGUCCUUGCCGGCCUUAUUCAACAUCGGCCUGCUGCUCUUCCUGGUCAUGUUCAUCUUCUCCAUCUUUGGCAUGUCCAACUUCGGUUAUGUGAAGCACGGAGCGGGCAUCGAUGACCUGUACAACUUCGAAACCUUCGGCAACAGCAUGAUCAUCCUGUUCAUGAUCACCACGUCGGCCGGCUGGGACGGCUUGUUGCUGCCGAUCCUCAACUACCCACCGGACUGCGACCCCAACUUGGAGAACCCCGGUACUUCAGUGAAGGGCGACUGUGGGAAUCCCUCAGUGGGGAUUUUCUUUUUUGUCAUGUACAUUAUUAUUUCUUUCCUGAUUGUGGUUAACAUGUACAUUGCCAUCAUUCUGGAGAACUUCAGCGUGGCCACUGAGGAAAGUGCCGAUCCACUCAGUGAAGACGACUUUGAGACCUUCUACGAGAUCUGGGAGAAGUUUGAUCCUACUGCCUCCCAGUUCAUUAGUUUUGCCAAGCUGCCUGACUUUGCAGACGCUUUGGAGCACCCGCUUCGAGUGCCAAAGCCCAACACUAUAGAGCUGAUCGCCAUGGACAUGCCUAUGGUGAGUGGCGAUCGCAUUCACUGCCUCGACAUCCUGUUUGCCUUCACAAAGCGUGUGCUGGGCGACAGCGGCGAGCUGGACAUGCUCAGGACGCAGAUGGAGGAGCGCUUCGUGGCCGCCAACCCGUCCAAGGUGUCCUACGAGCCCAUCACCACAACGCUGCGCCGAAAACAGGAGGACGUCUCUGCCAGAAUCAUCCAGAACGCCUACCGCGCCCACCUCAUCAGGCGCGGCAUCAUCUUUAAGCGCCACAUUUUAUCUAGUAAUAAGCUGGAGAACGGCGGGACCAACCAGGACAAGAAGGAGAGCACGCCGUCCACGGCCUCUCUCCCUUCUUACGACAGCGUGACCAAACCUGACAAGGAGAAGCAGGACAAAAGCAAGGAGGACUGGGCCAAGAAAGAGAAGGACAAAAACCAGAAAGAUGAGUGGGAAUCCAAGUGUUAGGAUCCAGUGACUUCAAAAUCGUGAUUUAAACACAAUGAGAACAGACUCUGGGCCCAGUCACCCAACAAAUGUAGAAAAACCAUUUGCAAGUAAGAUUAAAACCAAGAAAAAAAAAAAAACACAAAAAUGUUUACAUACUCAAAUACGACUGAGGCAAUGUGGUUUCCUAUGUUGUCAAAGACAGCUGAACCAAAUGCAAUCAGUUGACUGUGGGACUUCUGCUGCACAGCGACCAAGUUCAUAGAAAUGAGGAGUAAACACGAAAACACAGGAACUCACACAUUUCUUUGGGGGACCAACUACCACAGAACCCACCGCUCGACGUCUGGAGCGUUGCAAAUCUCCUGCCAACACCGAGUGUGGAUUAGCCCCGCUGCAAAGCUCCGGCACCGUGGGACUGGAUCGCACAGAUCCCGACAAAACUGUGUCAGCAUUCUAAAGGAGAGUCUGUACCUCCUGAGUUCACCAUCUUUGUCAAGAAGAAGAGCAUAAUCACCCUGAGGAAGUUUAGCUUUUUGACAGAUGCACUAGAGGGGGGAGGCGAUAAAGAGUUUUAUUUUUCAUUUGUUUGAGUAAACGUGCAUCUUCACCUUAUUUGAGCAGCAAAAAAAAACAAAAAAAAAAACACAAAAAAACAACAAUAAGAUAACAUUUAGCCCAUGUCACUGGUCUUUUCAUCUUCUCUUUGUAAUACUGAUGCAGAAAUAGACGUUUUCUAACAUGGGCUCUCACGCUGGAAUGGGUACGGGUCACUAGUCGGUGUCAUUAGAAAACUCGCUCAGAUGGAGUUCCAGAUAAAAAAAUUAUUUGUGUGCUCGUUAAAUGCAUAGAAAUAACUUGCAUGAAGGCAUGUUUUGAUCAGGACUCAUGCAUGAGUAAUCAUAGUCCACAAGACACUAAUUGUCAGACCACCGCAGUGGCUCGGUGAAACGAAGGAGGCUGUCCGCCGAGGAAGUCAGGAGAAGGCGUGAAGGAAAAAUGGAGCUAUAGGAAAUAUUGUUGAAUUUCUAACUGACGACAGGAUUUAUUUCAGCCUUUAAUGAAGUGAACAUGGGAAUAGUUAAUGCAGGCGCUAAGAGCCACAAUCUCAGCCGGAGUCUCUGACUGUUGACAGCGUUGAAAGGAGUAGGCAGAAUCUCCUCAUGUUGAGGCUGCACAACACUCGGAAAGACAUUUAAGCAGUUCUGAUUAAAUCUGAGGAUUUCUUGGUGAACUUACUGCCAUUUAAACUGUCUCUUUCCUCACUUACCUCUGGUCCACGACACAAAGAUGAGAGCGGGGGAAGUUUCACGCCAAGGAAUCCAGAAUCCAUUGUGCUUAUAUAUCGGUAGGUGUCCCAUCUGUUGCGGAGGGAUCAGAUAUAAGAUUUAAAAUUUUGGUUUGGUUGCUUUCUUUUCCUUUUUGUGUUCUUAUUUCAAGGUAAGGGGAAGGACUGAAAACUGUGUUGAGGCAAAAGCAUUGGGUAGUAAUUUCACUGAGCAACUUCCCCUACAGAUAAUCUUUUUUUACUAUGCGAGUUCAGCGUAAGAUUGUCCUUGGGAUGCCUGUUUCAGGCAGUGCUUUUUAGAAGUUUGAGUUGUCAGCUUUAGAAAUUUUCGAAAAGGCCUUUAAGUCUCUUACUGAUGUUCAAGUGAUGCAAUCUUUCCCAAAAAAAAAAGGCUUAUGAUCAGUAAAAGUGAUAUCUGACACAGCAGAGGUAGCAAAAAAUUAAUGCAGGGACACGUCUUGUUGUGCUUAGCGUGCAUGGAAGGUGUGGACUGGAAGGGACUGUGGGGUUUCAGGGAGGCGGGAUGGGCGAAAAAUACCAGUGUAAAUGUGGACCAAAACGUAGAGCGAGGCCCUCCCUUCAGUGUUUUUGACUGACUGCCAUAAGAACAAGAGGUAAACGCGAGAGGAGGAGGCGGUAAAGGUGCUUUAGUCUGAGCUCGGAGUGCUGAAAGUCCCAUGUUUGUCAGUGUAUCAUUGUGCUUCUGUGGGACCUCUUUGAACACUGUGUGGUCUUGCACCAUCUUGUCGCGAGCCUGCAGGCUUCCAAACACGUAUCACCUGCCUAAAACCAGAGACAGAGGUAGAGGAGAAGGAAAUUAUGAACAGACCUCACGUCGAAGCAGCUAUGUUGUCUAAAUAAGCUUUGUGGGUGUUUUUCACAAUAAAUUAUAAACGGAGGCUUCGCCUACUGCCUCCGUAAAUGUCCUGCCACUCAUUUUCUGUGCAGCAGAAAUGGUCCUAUAUCUUCGCGGAUGAUCGGACGUAAAUCUGGCAUCCAGCGUCACACCACUGUUGCCAUUUGGUGUGCUUAACACUGCCUGUACCAACGUACCCCCCACCCCCAUACAACAGUGAAUGAGGUCUGUUUACAAUACGAGGUCUCUGAACCAGUUUGGCGGCUGCAUACUGAAACCAAAUACAUUCCCAAUGAGAACCACGAGAGGAGCGAGAACAGUCAUCCAAACUUUACCCAUGUUCAUCUUGGAUGUCAUAUUUUAGAGUUAUAUACAUUCACGUUUAAAAAAAAAAACUAUUAAAAAAGAAAAAAAACAUAUAAAAGAAAAAACAUGUGUACAUGUACAGUGCAGGCUACGAUGUAAAUGGCACAAUCGCUGAAAAAGAAAGAACUUUUUGAGAGAAGCUAUAAAUAUUGUAUUAUAUGGUUUUAUUUUAAUGGCAUGCUCUGUUGUGUUUUUUGUAAAUACAGAAUUUUAAAAAUGUUACUAUUAAUAAUCAAAAAGUGAAUAAUAACAAUAAUAUAGAAUGGCUUCCAGCUAUGCCCUUUGUCACAUUUGUUACUUUUGGAUUUUUUGAGACACUUUUCACUUUGUUGACGGAAACUGAAUGAAAUACAUAGAUAUUAUAUAAUACAAAAGAUAUAUACAUGUAUACAUAUGUGUCUAUAUGUAUAUACAUGAAACAGGAGAACACUGUCACUUUUGAUUUAUGUGCAACACGUUCACGUGGAUGUCUAAAAGAAGAAGAAGAAAAAAACAUACUGGUUGUUUCCAGCACUCUUUUCAAUGUUGGGAAAAAUAGCUCAUGUGCAAUGUUACUGGAUGUAGCCCGAUCAUGACUUUAAAAGGAUAUUGUUACCAGCACAUUUCUCACCUAACUGUUGUAUCGAUCACAUUCAGAGUACACGUGCCACUCCUACAGCCACACAGACACACUCUGAGGAAACUCUAUUCACUGCCCACCAGUUUUACAGGUGAUCUUUUUCCAGACGGACGUCAGUGAGUGUCACCGACUGCUUCUGACAUACUAUGACACUGCCACCACCUAAACACACACACACAUACACACGAGUGCCAUUGCAGCUCAACACACCUCGGACCAUUUUCUCAUCGUCACUCUCCUUUUGUUGAACGGUUCGUUUCACGUGUUCCACUCUAUGGCAUGUGCCUUUUUUCUGCUUUUUCUGCUAAUUUGGAUGUCAAAGCCACGAUGAAGAAAAAACAAGCAAUGAAAAACCUGUAUCUAAAUUGAAGAGGGUGGGGAUUUUUAUUUUUUGGGGAGGGUUGAUUAAUCAGGGAUGGGAGGUCAGGUGUGUACGCGGAGGAUCUUCCAGAAACCCAGCUCCAUCCUACUAUUUACCAGUGUGUGAUGUUAACGGAAAAUAAAAAACUAAAAAACCCGGCUAACUUGAAAAAUAAAAAAACGUCCUGUUCUUAGUGCUAUACGUGUCACUCACUUGGCUUGUGAAAAAGCAGCUUGCCUUCUGUAUUUUUGGUUUGAUUUCUGCCGUAUUUCUGUUUCCAUCUGAAAUUUAUUUUUGUAUCAAUACUUGAUUAUAGGAAUUAUUCUUUAUUUUUAGCAUGGUUUAUUAUGAGCUUUUUUUUUCUUUCUUUUUGCUGAAAAAAAAUUAUUAAAAAAGUGCUUUUCAAACUGUUAUCAUUUGACACCGUGACAAAAGAGGAUAUACAGUACAAUACGAUGGUGUGUUGCACAACCACUUGGACUCUUGGUUUAGAAUAUAUGAAAGAUUGUCUUCAUUUGAGCACGAAACUUUUUAUUACUAAUAAAGCAGCCUUCCAGUUA